AGACAUACGGACACAUUCAUAUCAGACUUUAGCUACCCGACGCCGAGGCCGCUAUUCUCCUGGAGUCCGACUCUCCAGUCUGCUCUGCCCAACGCCGAUCUCCGAAUUUGACUCUCCAGUCUCCCUCCCCUCCAAUCUUCGCUCCAUUCUCAAGGGUUGGACAAUGCCGAAGGUUAAAACAAACCGUGUAAAGUACCCAGAAGGCUGGGAGUUGAUUGAGCCUACUCUUCGUGAAUUACAAGCAAAAAUGAGAGAAGCGGAGAAUGAUACUCAUGAUGGUAAGAGAAAAUGUGAGACAUUGUGGCCUAUUUUCAAAAUAGCCCAUCAGAAGAGCCGCUACAUAUUUGAUCUUUAUCACCGGAGAAACGAAAUAUCUAAGGAGUUAUAUGAGUUCUGUUUGGAUCAAGGAUAUGCGGACAAAAACCUUAUUGCAAAGUGGAAGAAGCCGGGUUAUGAACGUUUGUGCUGCUUACGGUGCAUGCAACCACGGGAUCACAACUUUGCAACUACAUGUGUCUGUCGUGUGCCCAAGCACCUAAGGGAGGAGAAGGUUAUAGAGUGUGUCCAUUGCGGUUGUAGGGGUUGCGCUAGCGGAGAUUAACUGUUCCUCCCUUCUAGAACCCCCGUUAGCUUGUUUGUAAACUUGUUUGUAAUUUGCAACUACUGAUUCUGAUGCUCCUUAAGCUAUUCCUUUGAAGGUGUAAUGGAGACCUGUUAGGCUUUGCUGUUGAACUAUUAAGGGUUGUGUUGAUCGAUCUAUGACUUGAAGCUUUGUGUGAUUGAUGGAGCAUUUAUCUU